AUGGCGGGAGCAUCAGUGAAGGUCGCAGUCAGAGUGCGGCCAUUCAACUCACGUGAAAUUGGAAAAGAUUCAAAAUGCAUCAUCCAGAUGUCUGGGAACACAACCACAAUUAUCAACCCCAAACAGCCAAAAGAAUCUCCGAAAUGCUUCAGUUUUGACUACUCGUACUGGUCCCAUACUUCCGAUGAGGACAGUCAGUUCGCCGGGCAACAACAGGUCUACCGUGACAUUGGGGAGGAGAUGUUACUCCAUGCCUUUGAAGGAUACAAUGUGUGUAUUUUCGCCUAUGGACAGACUGGAGCUGGUAAAUCUUAUACCAUGAUGGGCAAACAGGAGCCAAACCAACAAGGAAUCAUACCCCAGCUUUGUGAAGAUCUCUUUUCACGGAUCAGUGACACGACAAAUGACAACAUGUCUUAUUCUGUGGAGGUCAGUUAUAUGGAGAUAUACUGUGAGCGUGUCAGAGACCUCUUAAAUCCAAAGAAUAAGGGGAAUCUUCGUGUCCGUGAGCACCCACUCCUAGGACCUUAUGUGGAAGACUUGUCAAAGUUGGCUGUCACCUCCUACCAAGACAUUCAAUAUCUAAUGGACUCAGGCAAUAAAGCCAGAACUGUUGCUGCCACAAACAUGAACGAGACAAGCAGUCGCUCCCAUGCUGUCUUUAACAUAAUCUUCACCCAACGUAGAAAUGAUGCUGACACCGAGACCAGCACAGAGAAGGUUAGCAAAAUUAGCCUUGUGGACCUUGCGGGAAGUGAGAGAGCAGAUUCCACAGGAGCCAAAGGGACAAGAUUGAAGGAAGGAGCAAACAUAAAUAAGUCUCUCACAACCUUGGGGAAGGUGAUUUCUGGACUUGCUGAAAUGGAUUCUGGUAACAAUAAGAACAAGAAAAAAAAGAAGACAGACUUUAUUCCAUAUCGAGAUUCUGUACUCACAUGGCUUCUAAGAGAGAACUUGGGUGGAAACUCUCGCACUGCUAUGGUUGCUGCUCUGAGUCCUGCAGAUAUUAACUAUGAUGAGACCCUUAGUACCCUGCGAUAUGCUGACCGUGCCAAACAGAUCCGAUGCAAUGCUGUUAUCAAUGAAGAUCCAAAUAAUCGUCUGAUCCGUGAACUUAAGGAUGAGGUGGCACGUCUGAGAGAGCUGCUGGGAGCCCAGGGGCUGUCUGACAUUAUUGACACAGUGAAUGCCCUAACGGGUAUGAGUCCUUCAUCCUCUAUGUCUGGUUUGUCCAGUCGAGCUGCAUCUGUCUGCAGCCUACAUGAACGCCUUGCAUUCACACCUGGAAGUGAAGAGGCUAUCGAGAGGCUCAAGGAAACUGAGAAAAUUAUUGCUGAGCUCAAUGAGACGUGGGAAGAGAAGCUGCGGCGCACAGAGGCUAUACGUAUGGACAGAGAGGCCUUACUGGCAGAGAUGGGGGUUGCCAUGAGAGAGGAUGGAGGAACACUUGGAGUGUUUUCACCUAAAAAGACUCCUCACCUUGUAAAUCUCAAUGAAGAUCCUCUGAUGUCGGAAUGUCUAUUAUACUACAUUAAAGAUGGAAUUACAAGAGUUGGACGUGUGGAUAUAGAGAGGAGACAGGACAUUGUCCUCAGUGGACAUUUUAUUCGUGAUGAGCACUGUAUUUUCCGGAGUGAUAUCAUGCCUUGCGGGUCAGUUGCAGUGACACUCGAGCCUUGUGAAGGGGCUUGCACAUACGUAAAUGGGAAGAAAGUGACAGAGCCGUGUGUGCUGAGAUCAGGUAACCGAAUCAUUAUGGGAAAGAGUCAUGUAUUUCGCUUUAACCACCCUGAACAAGCCCGACAAGAGAGGGAACGUACUCCAUGUGCAGAGACUCCCGUAGAACCUGUGGACUGGGCAUUUGCCCAGCGGGAGUUACUUGAGAAGCAAGGUAUUGACAUGAAGCAGGAGAUGGAACAAAGACUUCAGGAACUGGAAGAACAGUACAGAAAAGAACGGGAGGAAGCAAAUUACCUGCUGGAGCAGCAGAGAUUGGAUUAUGAAAGUCGUCUAGAAGCUCUGCAAAGACAGAUGGAUUCCAGAUAUUAUACCGAGGUCAAUGAGGAGGAGGAAGAACCUGAGGAUGAUGUUCAGUGGACGGAUCAGGAGUAUGAUUUGGCUCUGUGGGCUUUUCGAAAAUGGAAAUGGUACCAAUUCACAUCACUGCGUGACCAGCUCUGGGGCAACGCCAUCUUCCUGAAGGAGGCCAAUGCAAUCAGCGUGGAACUGAAAAAGAAGGUUCAGUUCCAAUUUGUGCUGCUGACAGAUACUCUGUAUUCACCACUACCACCCGACCUGUUGCCUCCUGAUGCCCACUCAGAACGUGAGAAACGUCCCUUCCCAAAAACCAUUGUGGCAGUGGAAGUUCAAGACCAGAAGAAUGGUGCAACUCACUACUGGACCCUGGAAAAACUAAGGCAACGACUGGACAUGAUGCGUGAGAUGUAUGACCGUGCAGCUGAGCUUCCAUCUGGUCUGACUGAUGACUGUGAUAAUGUGGUGACCGGAGGAGAUCCAUUUUAUGAUCGGUUCCCUUGGUUCCGUUUAGUGGGCAGCUCUCCCUUAUUCACCACAUGCAUGAGUGACAGCAUGGCCGAAAUAACCCCCUCCCCCACCCUCUCAAGCCCUGGCUCCGAGGGCCCUGAGUCAGCCUCCCAGCUUGAAGAGGAGGAGGGUUUGGAGUAUGAGGAGGAAGAGGAAGACGGAUCCAAGGAGUAUCACUGCUGUGCUGUCAGAUCCGACCCGUUUCACGACCGCUCCCCUCUGUUCAGUGUAGUGGGAAGGGCCUUUGUCUACCUGAGCAACUUGCUGUACUCUGUGCCUCUGGUUCAUCGAGUCGCUAUUGUCAGUGAAAAAGGAGAGGUGAAAGGAUUCCUUCGAGUUGCUGUUCAGGCCAUUUCCGCGGAUGAGGAAGCUCCCGACUAUGGCUCUGGAGUUCGGCAGUGUGGAACAGCCAAAAUCUCAUUUGAUGAUCAACAUUUCCAAAAGUUCCAGGCCGAGUCCUGUACUGGAAUGACUCGCUCAGGCACAUCUCAGGAGGAGCUGAGAAUAGUGGAAGGGGGACAAGGUCAAAACCCAGAUUCUGGUCCAAGUGCAGAUGAGGUCAACAACAAUACUUGUGCAGCUUAUCAUCAGGCUGCUCUCCUUGACAGCCCAAUAAAAGCUUCCCUUGACCUGACAGAUGGAGGCGGGCACCCUCUAAAACUGGGCUCCAUCUUUACAUUCAGAGUGACCGUCCUGCAAGCAUCUAGCAUCCCUCCGGAAUAUGCUGACAUAUUUUGCCAGUUCAACUUCAUCCACCGCCAUGAUGAGGCAUUUUCUACUGAACCUUUAAAGAACACUGGUCGUGGACCACCACGUUUCUACCAUGUUCAAAAUAUUGCAGUGGAGGUUACACAGUCCUUUGUGGAGUAUGUGAAGACUCAGCCCAUAGUAUUUGAGGUGUUUGGACAUUACCAGCAACACCCAUUCCCUCCAUUGUGCAAAGAUGUGCUGAGCCCCCUGCGUUCCUCCAGACGUCUCCUUCCCAGGGUCAUGCCAUUGUCCAAACCAGUUCCAGCCACAAAGUUAACAAGGCAGUGUGUUCCCAGUACUGGUCAGUGCCACUGCAAGUAUGACUUGAUGGCGUUCUAAAUCUGUGAGCUGGAAGCAAAUGGAGACUACAUACCUGUGGCAGUAGAUCAUGGCACUGGUUUACCCUGUCAUGGCACCUUCCUUCUCCAUCAGGGCAUUCAAAGACGCAUAUCCAUCACUCUUGUUCAUGAAGCGGGGGCAGAGCUGAAAUGGCUGGAGGUGCGGGAACUUGUAGUUGGAAGGAUCCGGAAUACACCAGAGGCCGACGAGUCUCUAAUUGACCCCAACAUCUUGUCCUUGAACGAUUCUAUCUGCAGGAUAUCGUCCUCCAGAAGGGGGGGUGACAGGCAGUUUCUUGACUCUGACACACCUAGGACAUUUUAUAACUUUGAAGUAGCAUGGGACAGUUCUAUGCACAACUCCCUCCUGCUGAACCGUGUGACUCCAUACAGAGAAAAGAUCUACAUGACAUUAUCUGCUUAUGUUGAGUAAGACAUGGAGAACUGUACGCAACCUGCUGUCAUCACCAAAGACUUCUGCAUGGUCUUUUAUUCCCGGGAUGCCAAACUGCCUGCAUGUCGUUCUAUUCGUAACCUAUUUGGUACAGGCAGUCUCCGUGCUUCUGAGAGUAACCGCAUAGCUGGAGGUAUAUGAGCUCAGGCCUUUGCCGGGGUUGCAGAAGCCAGCAGUCCAGGGAUGCAGAGAAGACGCAGACGUGUACUAGAUACUUCUUUGGCCUUGCGAGGAGAAGAGAACCUUCCAGGCUGGAGACCCGAAGGUGACAGCUUGAUUCUUGAUCAUCAGUGGGAACUGGAGAAACUCAGCCUACUUCAGGAGGGUAUUUUCCUACAUCUUGUUGAGAGGACUCGACAUUACCUAUUGCUACGUGAGAAACUGGAAGCCACACUCAGGGGAGCAGCUGACACCUUUACUCCUUCUCCUACUGAUGAGAUGCUUCCUCUCAGCCCCACAUGUCAGCUGUUGCAGGCCCAAGACGAAGGCUCACCAAAAGUGGAGGCAAAUCCUCUGGAAAUGGCUAGUGAAAGACAAAAAGAGCUGGCUGCCAAGUGUCUCCGUCUUCUUACCCAUACUUUCAACAGAGAAUACACUUAUAGUCAUGUGUGUGUAAGCGCCAGUGAAAGCAAGCUGUCUGAGAUGUCAGUGACACUCCUACGUGACCCCUCUCUUUCUGGCCUGGGGGUCUCAACUCUUACACCCUCUAGUACCUGUCCCUCCCUGGUAGAAGGAAGAUACUGCAGCCCAGAGGCCAGCCCCCAACCACUCUCCCGUGCAUUUAGCCCAGAGAGGGAUCCUCCAAGCCCUCCAGGAGACCUGCAAAAGUCACCUACUGGUGGACUGAAGACUCCUCUUAGCUUGUUUAUUCCUGACAUACAAGAAAUACGGGUCAGCCCUAUUGUCUCUAAGAAGGGGUACCUGCACUUUCUUGAACCCCAUACAGGGGGCUGGGUUAAGAGGUAUGUGGUGGUUAGACGUCCAUAUGUCUACAUCUACAACAGUGAUCGGGAUCCAGUGGAGAGAGCCAUUUUGAACCUCUCACAGGCCCAGGUGGAGUACAGUGAGGAUCAACAGGCCAUGCUGAAGACUCCCAAUACCUUUGCUGUAUGCACACAACACCGCGGCAUUCUGCUGCAGGCCACCAAUGAUAAGGACAUGCAUGAUUGGCUCUACGCCUUUAACCCACUUCUGGCUGGCUCCAUUCGGUCCAAACUGUCUCGACGCAGGACAGCCCAAAUGAGAAUUUAACGGGAUACCCUCACUCUUCUCUAUUUUUAUCAACUUGUUAAACCAUUAAUUCAUUCCUCCCAUAACCCGCACAUUACCACAACCCCUAUCCUCUAUACCCUGUGCUCACUUCUGCUCCCACUCAUUCCCUAGGGAAGUAUCUUCAGACUGUCCAGCUAUUGCUGAAAAAUAUCUCGUCAUCCUUGGAGUUAUCUCAAGAUAAGCUUUAGAUCUGGUGAAUCUAAAGCUGCCCACAACCGGUUUAGGGAAUCUUGAUGUGCUGCACUCCUAACUCUCUCUAUUUUCUCUAUCUUUCUUAACUUUACUAUGUGAGCAGGGUGCAAUUUGGUUUGAUGUUUAUAUUCAGGAAGGUCUUAGGUGAUUUAUAGGGGUGGUUCUGGCAUUUAUAUUAAUGCCCUAUCGUCAGGAUGGGUCAUCAAUAUCUGAUCAGCUGUUUGAAGAGGAGGUGGCAGCGCUACAUGUGAGCGCCACUUCCUCGUCAGUACAUUACGCGUUGUCUCCUGUGGAGUGGCGGUGUAGUGUAAUUACAAGUAGUCACUCCAUUCAAGUGAAUGGAGUGAGUACUUGUCAUUACGCUGCACUUCCGAGCAGCGCUCACAUGGAGUGCCACCUCUUCUUCAAACAGCUGAUCGGUGGGGGUGCCAGUUGUUGGACCCCCCGGCGAUCAGAUAUUGAUGACCUAUCCUGAUGAUAGGCCAUCAAUAUAUAUGGUAGAACAACCCCUUUAGGCAGUGAUUGUCUGGUUUCAAUAGUCAUAAUUUAUAGACUCUAAACUAGUUUUAAAGUAGUUGUUCAGGAUUUUACUAAUGAUGGCCCAUCCUUAGCAAAGGCCAUCAAUAUCUAAUCGUCGUGGCCCUGACACUGAUCUGCUGUUCCUCCUCAGCUAGUUAGUGCAGCGCUGCUCUCAUUGAAGUGAAUGUUGCAGUAACAAACUCCAUCGCACAGCACAAUGGACGCAGUUUCGACUUAUGACAACUACUCAAAAACAGUUUAAUGGCAAGGGUGGCAGACCCAACCGAUCUGAUAUUAAUGGCUUUUCCUGAGGAUAGACCAUCAAUUAUAAUAUCCUGGACAGCCCCUUUAAGGUAGUCACCUGAAUAAUAGAGAAAGAGCAAGCCUGGACAAUAAAAGAGAUUAUCUGCAAUUUUUUAAAAAAAUUUUAAUGGUCCCCCCUCUUCAUGUGAUUAAGCACUUUAAUAGUAAAAUGUUGAAAACAGUGAAAUGUUGAAAAUAUUCCUACUGGCCAGAACUGCGCUACCCGGUGUAAUCAGGCUGCAGGCACUUCAUGGAUCACAUGCUGUACAUUUGGCAUGUGAUCCUAGCCCGGUAACAACCCACAAUGUAUGCGGAUUGUGUCUGCGCAGUCAGGCAGCCUCAGGCACUGACUGCUCACCGCACCCGGGGGUGCCUGACUGCGCAGGCACAACCCAUUUACACAGCCGGGCUACGAUGACAUACCAAAUGUACGGCACGGGAUCUAGGAAGUGCCUGCAACCUAGUUACACCUGGGAGCGCAGGAAGCGCGGCGCUGUCCUAGUAGAAAUAUUUUCAACAUUAUCACUGCUAAAGGGGGCAUUAAAAAAAUAUUUAAAAAAUUGCAGAUAACCCCUUUAACAAACAGAAUUCCACCAUCAACACUAGCCAAUAUAAUAAUGGCAAUGCAAUGUUAUACGUAGUUCAAUAUUUAGAAGUCCUUAAAAUCAAGGGGGCUCUGUGCCCUCUUUAAGCCAGUAGCACCCAUGUCACCUACACAAAGAUAUGGCAGGUGAUUCCUACACUAGAUAUUCACGAGUCUAUGGCUUAUCAAGUCUGGAGACUGAGGAUUCAAAGUGCAUUAUGGAUAAAUAUUGAUAAGCUCCUGAUCCAUGAAAAUUCAUCUUUCAUAAUCACAGUGUACCAUGACUGUAGGUGAAGCAUACACAUGGGUGUGCGUCUGCCCACUGCACUGUAUAUACUUCUGUGUAACACAUAAGCCCCUUGUUCUCACACUCCUACACUUCUUCAGACAUAAUAUGAGACAUCAUAUUGUUUUCUAUUGGAUCUAAGUGGAGGCAAGCUAACAGGGUUAACCUAACCGAUCAAUCCUGUAAAACACAAGAGGCACAAGAAAUUGAGCAUUUAGAGAACUUUUAGCUCCAUAAUGAAAUGUUGGCAAAUAUAUUACAAUGCUAUGUUGUGCUAGAAAAUAAUGAUGCAUUUGCUGUAUGUAUGUGCUAAGCUGAACAUCUGUAAUUAAUAUACAUUGAGGGGCUUAUGACAGCCGAUAUUAUCCUUUUGCGCAAAAAGAUUACAGGACAUUAUGUUCUUGGAUUUUACUGUAUAUUGUAGCAAGCCGAGUAUCUCAUUGGUGAUAUUCUUCCAUGGACACGUCAGUAAUUCUCCAGAUUUACCUAAAUUUAAGAAAACAUUUAGAUGACAUGAAUUCACUAUUGCCUCUAACAUUACAGUCUAUGGAUUUUCAAGUUUAAAUCUUAUGAUGAUGAUCCAGAAAACAAAAUGCAUCAAUAUCUUAAGGCAGUCCAAAGAUGCACUUAUAAGCCAAAGAAAGGUAAAAACAGAGUUAUGUUCAAGGGUUUUCCCAUUUUUAUGCACUUUAAGUCUAAAUUCAUAAGAAGCAGUGUCUUAUACCACCUGUGCUCUUAAAUGUGAGGGCACAGGGGAGCACCACCAAUGAGGCCAGGUGAGGCAAUCGCCUCAGGCAGCACCAGCUAGGGGCAAGAGGGGAGGCAUUCAAAGGGCCAUGGGAUGAAGGGAAGGGGUUAGGUUAAGAAAUUGGCAUGGGGGGGUGGGGGGCGCUGUAUCAGUUUACGCCUCAGGCAGCAGAAAGGCUAGGUGCACCCCUGUGAGGGCAGUAAAUGCAAACCCUCUGCUUCCUCACCCCAGGAAGAUGUACAGGAGAUAGGUAGAAGCUUGAGAAAAACCAAGUAUUGUCCAGUUGAUAGGUCAAUGAUGGUGAGUUUUCUGUCAGUCUUGAUCGGAUGUUAGCUUUGUUAUAGAGCAUGCUUUUUGGGAUACCACUGUACAAGCUGAGAGGAUUUUAUACCAUCUCAGGGUCAACCAGCCUUAGAGACUAUGAAGUCCGAUCAUCGCAGACAAUGUAUAUCUUAGGCCAGCAAACCUAUAGAGUAUACAGUCCAAGAUGCAUGAAAUCUUGCCAUAGCUUAUCUCCUAACAAGAAUGACAACAAAUGCAUUUUUCGGGGGAGAGAGUUAGCAACCCGGGAAUGUAUUUAUAUUCUCCAUAUCUUUCACUUAUUGCAGAGAAAAGAUAUACACUAUGUGAACUGGGUUCAAUAAUACUAGAAGUGAGUAGGCUCCAUAACAAAGAUUGGUGUUAUCUUCUGACGCUGGUUAACACAUGGGAUAGAAAGACUAGUUUCUUGUUUGCUCCAAACCUCUUUCCACAAUCCUUGGGUUAAUUCCCCAUACUUGAUGAUGUUUUAGGGCUUGUGGAGGAAUCCCUGCACAGGUUCUCACCACCCACUAAGAGAUCACGCAGCUGCAUGGUUAGGCUCUGUGGUUCGCACCCUCUUCCAGUGAUAUAGUUGUCUUUGAAUCAAUACUCUUUCACUAAAUGACAUGGAACAAUCCCAUGAAGUUUCUAAAACCCUUGUCCGCAUUCAUGUAAAGUGCAGCCUUCUGGAAUCAAGAAGAAUUGUCCUAAAAUGUGGUCAGUGUUACUACAACGAAUGACUACCAUACAUGCACUAUUGCUUUGCUACUUGGGUGAGAAUCUUGUUGUUUUCCAACUAAACAAUGACUGUCUUGUAUAAUCUGUAAAUGUCAUGUUGAUGAUAGGUGGGUGUCCACCUUGUAGGAUACAGAACUGUGUAUGUUGUAAUGGUUAUAGUAAGCUAUCAGCAAUUAGAUAUGUGUUCCAGUCAGGCCAUCAAGGAAAUAAUUCACUGUACAUGUUUCUACAGAAGUUUGUCGGCAAAAUAAAUUCAUGUGAAAAAUGAUCUGUCUAAC